GCAGAUGUUUUGAUCUGUAUCUCACAAGGAGUCCAGAGUGCUCAUCACUACAGCUAUCUCAAAGAUGGCCAGUAUAACAAAUCUAAACAAAUCUUCAUUAAAGCUCAUCAAAUUUCCAUAAUCUACACGUGUUGUGUAGGAAAUCAAUGUACCUAGAUUUAUAAAAUGCACACAAAACUGUCAAUGGUUCACAUGUGUGUGUUUUAGGUUUCCUACGUUUAGUUUCUAUUUUGCAUUUAUUUAUAUUCUCCCUCUGCUGUUACUCCUGCCCAACUCAAAUUUUUAUCUACAGCUCUAGUUUCAGCAUAAGUAGAAGCAGGUAGAUGUGCAGCAACAUGUUCCUGGCCUAGCCCCAAAACAGUAUCUCAGCAACAACGAUGGGUCACCAGCAGUUCUUGCCAGAAUGGACUUCCUCAACCAGGUUGCCUCUAGGCAUGUUGGAAUUCAAAUCCUACAAAACCCCAGUGGGAAACGUAGCCCAUCAAAUCUGAGAGGUCCAGGUUGGGGAAGGCUGAAUCAAAACCUAGUACGAACGAAAGAAUCCAGGCCUUUUAAUUCUCCACUGUUUUGCAGAGCUUGGUGGGUGGGGGUGCAGAGAGAAGAGGGUGGAAACUUCUCGGCUGAGCAGCAAGACAAGGCCUCUGAUUGGAAGUGCUUCGUACUUUCAAUUUCAUCAUUUCAAGCUGAAUGAAGCUGAAUGGAACCAUUCCCACUUCCUUAUCUUCAGGCUGGUUACCUGCCCUCCACCGCUGCUUUUGCAAAGCUCUUCCAUUUAGGUAGCAAUUCAGCUAGUGCAGCACUCUCCUCCCGCCCCGCGCAGCCUGGAGGGGACGAGACACGGCCAGAGCUUUCAGCGUGUGACAUACACACGAGCCUGUGAGGCGCCGGUUCGUCAUGUUUAUGCUGGUUACCGGGAAAGCUCAAGCGCCUCCGAGCCCAUUUGGUGGGCGGGCCAAAGGCACCUCGCUCAAUAGGAAGACGAGGAGAAGUAUCAGCGUCUCUUCCGCCCCGCCCCUCAUAGGAAACGCGCCGAGCAAAGCUGCAGCCCACGUGUCAUUCCCGGGGCCGAGGGAGCGCUGAAGCCUCGGCAGGACCAUGCCCAAGAAAGGUGGGAGACUGGCUGGAACAGAAAUGGCACACCAUUUAUCAAGUAAACAAGCAAAAAUGGAAGCAGCCUGCCCUUCACUUUGGAAAUGUGACAAACCUGAGAGCUUAUUUGAAUGUUUGAUCUCUCCUAUCAAACAGGAUGAAUUUUUCAGGGAAUACUGGGAGCAGAAGCCACUGCUGCUUCAGAGAGAUGACCCCUCUGUGGCAGUGUAUCAUCAAUCUCUAUUUCACUUAACUGAUUUGAAGGACAUAGUCAAACAUGGGUUAUAUUAUGGAAAAGACAUUAAUACUUGCAAAUGCAUCAAUGGAGAAAAGAAGAUUUUUAACAAGAAUGGCAAAGUCAGCUAUGUACAACUGAUGAAAGACUUUGAUCAGAAGAAAGCUACGAUACAAUUUCACCAACCCCAGAGAUUUAAGGAUGAGCUCUGGAGAAUCCAGGAAAAGUUGGAAUGUUACUUUGGCUCAUUGGUUGGGUCAAAUAUUUACAUUACCCCUCCAGGUUCUCAAGGUCUGCCUCCACACUAUGAUGAUGUUGAGGUGUUUAUCUUGCAGCUUGAAGGAGAGAAGCACUGGCGGCUGUACCAGCCCACUGUACAUCUAGCUCAGGAAUACAAUGCUGAACCUGAGGAGAAAAUUGGGACUCCAACACAUGACUUCUUAUUAAAGCCAGGAGACUUGUUAUAUUUUCCAAGAGGUACCAUUCAUCAAGCUGAUACCCCACCUGGGGUAUCUCACUCAACCCAUGUGACAAUUAGUACCUAUCAGAACAACUCUUGGAGAGAUUUCUUAUUGGAUGUGGUUCCUGAACUUAUUUUGGAUACAGCAAAAGAAGAUAUUGAAUUUCGGAAGAGCAUUCCGAGGCAGUUACUGAUGAAGGUGGACUUCUCUGACUCAUCCAGGCAAUUAAGUGGCUUCCUGAGAUGCCUGGCUGACCGUCUGGAAAAUGGCAGAGAACUGAGGUCAUCUGAAAUGAAAAAAGAUUUUAUUAUGAACAGAUUACCUCCUUUCUUGGGGACUAGCUUUGACCCACUGGCUCCAGUUGGAGCACUACCAAAAGUAGGUAGCACAAUCAGGUUACGGUUUAAAGACUACACAGUAAUUACAGUGGAGCCAGAGCAAGACUUUUUGAAUGAUUCGCUUAAAAAAAUGGUUUUUGUGUAUCACUCUUUAAAGAACAAGAGACAAACCCAUAUGAUGGGGGAUCUGAAUAUGAAUGAGGAAGAAAUGGCAGAGACUCAUGGGUUACGAUUUCCUCUCUCCCAUAUGGAUGCGCUGAAGCAAAUUUGGAGCUCUGAUACUAUCAGCGUUGAGGCACUGAAUCUUUCUUCAGAAGCAGAAAAAGAGAACUUGGUAGUAUCACUGUGGAGUGAAUGCCUCAUUGAAGUAAUCUAAUGGCAUGAGCCAGCCAAAAUUAGCAGUUUUACACAUGUCCUGGAUUUUAGAGGAAGAUUCACGCAUGCAUAUAGAUCUCAGCACCGAGAUACAUUGAGGAUGUAUAGCUUCUGAAGCAGAUUGUGAUGUGUCUGCUAUUACUGAUGACAACCCCUAUAUACUUAAGAAGGCUUGCUCUUGCUCUAAAAGUGGUAUCAUAAAUUUCUGUGGCCCAUGAAGCCAAAAGGAUUUAUUUUAUUAGAAUUGAUUUUAGUUAUCAAGUGUCAUUCCAUGGAACAGAAAUAACUGACCUACAGUAUACCACCACCAGUGGUAUCUUGCUAUGGACAUAAAUGGGGUGCAUUCUCUUUCUAGGAAUGUGUAGAGCUAUAACCACAAGUUAGGCUCAAAGUUUUCCUGUAUUUUUAGGCUUUUUUAUUUGAUUAUCUUGAAAAUUAUUUUACGUAAGAUUUGUAAAACCACAUUCUAGCAAUAAAAGGUUAGAUGCAGAGCUUAGA